AUGAGCAGGAAUGGGCAGGGAGACCAGGGACAGCUGACAAAAACCAUAAUAGUCACCGGAUUCAACGACCAAAAGCAUCAGGAAGAGGUAAGAGGCCGGGUUGAGAAGACGUUCGAGGUAAGAGAAAGCUACACGAUUCAGAACGACUACCGGGUGCUCUGCAUACUGUUCUAUGACGAGCGGAGGGCAAGAGAAGCGAUCGGCUACCUCAAGGAAUCGGAGGGGCUUUCGUCCUACCACAUAAUAAGCAAGUACGAGAUUCCCAGAGAUAUGGAUAAGUGCGACGAGUCAAGGAACCAAAGCACGCUGCUUUUUACCUUCAAGAACUUAAUGGAAGCUGUGGACGACAAGGAGUUUUCUGAGCAGGUCAACAAGUUUGGAGAGGUGAAGGACAUCCGGUAUGUUAAGACACACCAAAGAUGCGUAGAAUUCUACGACUCAAGGAGUGCGGUUGCAGCGUUCCACGGGAUGAAUGAGCUUCGGUUUAUGGACGGAGUGAUGCAGGCGAAAUGGGUCUGGGAUCUUUCCACAAAGACCAGGUGGGAGCUCAUAAGACUGACUGAUAGCAUUUUAAAGGAGUGUAAGCUCGAGAUAAAGGCGCCUACAAGAAGAGAAAAUGAGGACGCCAGGGAGGAAGGAAAGAAGAGGAAGAAGGCGCAGGACGGUGGCGCCGGGCAUUCAACGAAUAUAUUCCUGAAGAGGUUUGAUUCUUUCAUCGCCUCCAACAUCGACCAUAUAAACGAGGGAUACAUCAACGAUUAA